UAUCAAGUGCCUGCUCGGAGAAAUGAAAGGAGCUUUUUCUGGCUGGCUGGCAGAGAGGAAAAUGUCAGCAUUACAGGGGAGAAGCUAAGCUGACUGCUGCUCUGCUAAGUCCCCGGACACUCGGACGUCCAAGACUGGUCUCCUGCUCCCUAUGAACAUGAUUCGAGGGAUCGGCGCUCAACUCGGCUUCUACGUUGUCUUGUCAUUGUUCUUCCUGCCCAACAUUGGUGCCUCUGAGGCUGAAAACCGAUCGGAUACCUGUUCAACGCACACCAUAUUACCUGGACCGAAAGGUGAUGUUGGGGAAAAUGGGGAUAUUGGGGAGAUUGGAAAACCAGGAAAAGAAGGUCCUAUGGGAUCAAAAGGCGAUAAAGGAAAAUUUGGAGACUUGGGUGACCAAGGGCUUAUAGGUAAAAUUGGCCCUAUCGGUGGCAAAGGGGAAAAAGGACAUAAGGGCCUGCCAGGACUUCGAGGAGGAAAGGGGAAACCAGGCACUUUCUGUGACUGUGGAAGGUACCGCCGAGCGGUUGGACAGCUGGACCUGAAAGUCACCCAUCUCAAGUCAUCUUUAAAGUUUGUAAAGAACGUGAUUGCUGGCAUCCGGGAAACAGACGAGAAGUUUUAUUACAUUGUAAAAGAAGAGCGCAAUUACCGCGAUGCACUGACUCAGUGCAGAAUCAGAGGUGGCACCUUGGCCAUGCCCAAGGACAUGGCCACCAACUCGCUGAUGGCAGAAUAUAUAUCCAGCUUGGGUUUACUGAGGGUCUUCAUUGGCAUCAAUGACCUAGAGAAAGAGAAGCAGUUUAUGUACACGGAUAACACCCCCCUACAGCACUUCAGCAACUGGAAGCCUGGGGAACCCAAUGACGGUUCAGGAUACGAGGACUGUGUGGAAAUGCUCAGCUCCGGCGCCUGGAAUGAUGUUGAUUGUCAGCUUACAAUUUACUUUGUCUGUGAGUUUAUGAAAAGGGCAACAUAGUCCAAAUUGACUAUUUUGGGGGUUAAUAUAACU